AUGGAGGGUGGUACAGCUCUUGAGGGCUGGGAUAAUGACACAUUUACUGCGGAUGAACUGGAUCACGCUUCGCGUAAUGAUGUUUUCCUCAAGUUCUGCCGUGAAGCCAUUGCCGUCGACCCUAUUCUUGGGUUAGAGUUGAUGCAAGACACCGUCCGGUGGGCACGGUACUCUCGGGACCACAGUACCGAGGACAUCGCGCGUGUCGCUUGGAAUGACUUUUACAGUUUCCGCGGGAUGGACAUUACCGACGAUUUCAUGAUUACUGCCGUCCGCUUCGCGGGAAACACUCUCCAUGACAAGGCAGACCGGUCUGUCUUGCAUCAUUUCGAGAGACUUUAUAUCCGUCACUGCGUGUUUAUAAAUGAUCUUCACAGUCAUGAGUUAGAGGCUUUUAAGGCCCAGUCCGAGGGAGCCCCACUUCACAACUCAGUCAACACUGUUGAGCAGAUCUUCUCUGUACCAUCAUCCUCAGCGAAGGCAAUCUUACGAUCUAUGCUGUGGGACACUGAGCGUCAAAUGCGCGAAGAAUACCAGAGACUGAUUACCCUUCCGGAGAUUAAUGAGCGACAGAGAGAGUACCUGAAACGGAUAAUUGAGUGCAUUGCUGGCAACAUGGUUUAUUCCAUGACUACAUCUCGGUAUGGGCAACUCAAUAAGACGCUUCUAGAGAUGCCGGAUAAGGGCUCUAUGCUAGAGGAAUUGAGGAAUUUAUCUGAAGAUCUCUGA